ACCAAAUCACCGUGUUUAAGUUAUAGUUACUGUGAGCCUCUCAGUAGAAGUAGCAGAAACAAACUUACUCUUUUAUUGUUUGGAGAAUUUAAAAAAUACAACUGGAGAAACAGAGAGGAAAUAACGCCUCCAUACGAGCUCAGCGAGGAUUCCAAUGACCCUUCUUUGUGUUAAUUAUUAUCUGUUAACAGCACUAAAUACAACAUCAGUACAACUAGCUGAUAAGCUAUUUCUGUUGCAUUCAGCCUUGUAAUGUUACCUGGCUGAAGCACCAAAACAGCACAGUCUGACUGUUCUAACAGUGAAGACAGCACAGAUACGGCUCCGAGACGUCAAGUUAUACAUCAGGCAGCCAGAAAAUAAAGGAAGAAAAGAAAAGGCAGUGCUUUGGAGAAGAUCAGUGAGCUCAUCCUUCCCAGUGUUGCUCACAGGUUCCUGUUUGGACUACCAUCCCAGUUCCCUGUGGCCAGAAUGUUGAUGGGGGCUCUUUUUGGAGCUGUCACUGGGUCUGGUUUAUUUUUUGGACUCGUGAGCAACAUAUCACUGACUUUCUUCCACAAAGUCAUUGCUGGAUAUGCAUUUGUUGCAGUGUGUGUUCUAGGUGGCAUGUUUUCUUCGUAUUUCCGCUGCACAGUUCUCUUGAUGUUUCCGAAUAUAUUUGGUUCCCGUGGACGGGCGUUUGGGAUGUUUCUUGUCCUGCAUGCUCUUUUUCAAGGUCCAAUCUCAAAUAUCCAACAUAACGUCCAGGAUGUGGCCUUCUCUAUGGGGUGUAACAUAGACCUGCAAAUAAAGUACAGUAAGGUCAUGUGGAGGGCAGUGACUGAGCCCUUUGUUCAAGUCCUGGAGGAAAUAGUGGAUGACAGUGUGAAGUUCCAGAAAGAGGCACAGAAUGUGAGCAGUGAGUUUCAGAGCAUCAGGGACGAGGUGAUGGGCCAUUAUGGCUACGAAUCCCUCGGUCAGAAUGACACAGCUGCAGGCAAUAGUACUCAGGAGCAGUAUGUUGCAAAGACUAUGAUGCGCUGUGACUAUGUGGUGAAGCAGGGCAUUGAACGCUGUCAGGACUGGUUCAGUAGUAAGUGGCAAGAGUGUAUGGACACAGUUGACUCUGUCAUCAUCAACCACUUCCUCUGUGUGCCGAUGAAGUUUGAAUUCCUGUGUAAUAUCAUGAGAGUUAUGACUCCAUGGUGCGAGGACAAGAUUCCAGUGGAGGGAAACUUUGGCCAGACCUUUGACAAGCUCAGUUCCUCCAUUGAUAAACUUGGAGAACAGUUCACCACCAAUGUUGUACUUCAGAAACUGGAGCAGCAUCCCAUGUAUGUCACGGCUCUUCAGGAUGAAUUUCGUAAGGAGUUGACCAAGACAUUUCAGGAGACGAAAAAUACUUUUGAGAACAUAUCAAAGUUCAUACAGAUCUUGCUUUCCUUUGCAUUCCUUGCAGGUUUUGCAUCGGGUUUUAGAUAUGCACAACAAUACACACGCAAUAGUCGCUUUGACAAUGUCUACAUUACAACCUACUUCAAACAGAUUGAUGAAAGGAGAAAGGCGCUGGGUAAGACAUAUCUGCUGCCCAUGAGGAAAGCAGAAAAGAGUAAUUUUAUAGAUCCCUGCAACCUGAAGAUCCAUCCCAGCGAGCUCAAACCUGUGAUUGCAGGCUUGGUGCAGGUAGUAUCUCUGGCUUUGUUGACAUUUGUUCUGCUGGCCACUGAUGGUGUUCUGUUCCACUUCUUCGAUAUCAUCCAGAGGCAUACAUUUACAGAGUUCUCCAUUACAAGUCAUCACAACAUACACAUUGACAUCGAUGGAGACUCCAUGUUAGCUAAGCUCCUGCGGAAAACUAUCGGUGCUUUCAACACUUCCUCCAAGCUGGAUAUUGAUUCCAGUAACCAGCAAUGCCUCCCACAGCCACAUGCUCUGAGCCAUUCAGACUACCUGUGGUGUGUCCUCCCUCUGUUGCUGAUGGGCACCAUGUGCUGCCUGCAGGUUUAUGCCAACCGCAUACGGAGAGUCAUCACUGCCUUCUACUUCCCUAAGAGAGAGAAGAGAAGGAUUCUUUUCCUCUAUAACCUACAGCUUGACAGACACAUAUCGUACAUCAUCAGACAGCGAAAACGGCUGAGAAGGCGCCGACUGCCACCAAACCAGAUGUUAUCUACGCUGCUGUCUCCUCUGGCCUGGUUUGGAUGUAAGCUGCACUGGUGCUGGGUGUGUGAAGAGCAUGUGAGGCAGAGCAAAAGUGUGCAGUGUUCUGAUCCACACUGCACUGUGCUCUACUGCCCACAGUGCUGGAAGGACCUGGGCAGUAGUUGCGUCUGCUCAGCCCACACAGACAGCAGGUCUCAGGACAGCGAGUCUGAUACAGAUGUUUACUAUGUUGGAUAAUAAUCUCUCUCAGCCAUCCAAACGUACUUUUGUAAACUUUGAUGUACACAUUGAAAAGUAUCUUCUUAAAUAAAAAGGCAUGUGUUUUUCUCA